AUGGCUGGACCCUUUGAGUCUUGGCUACAACAAUUAUCUGAGUGUGACUAUUUUCCUGUUGAUGGCUAUGAAUGGCACCCGAACCUCGCGCAGGCGCACUGGUGGAAAGACGAGCAGGAAAGGGUUUUGGUUGUGAUUCAAAAAGGUCCGCCACUUUGUUAUGCUGCAUGUCUCGGGCUCGCAGGCCUGGUGAAGAAACUUGUCGAGAAGGGGCAUGACAUGAACGUCGAAUCCGAUUCAUCCUGGGGAGGGAAAGAAUUUCCCAUUCUUGCGGCGGCAUCCCAAAAGCAUUGGGAUGUUGUGGGCUUAAUGGUGGAUUUAGGAGCACGCCUUGACGUCUUCAAUGGCGGGGAAACACUUCUCUCUUUUAUCGCUAGAGCAAGCGAUCCUCAGCUCUGGCCGCUUUUCAACAAAGUGCUGGAAAAGGGGGGGAUUGUUGACUUGCCUCGCCCAAACUCCUAUCAAGAUACCCUUCUAGGAACGCUAGCUCUCGAUCCAUCGGACUCUUGGGAUAAAGUGGAACUGCUUAUUCGAAAUGGCGCAGAUGUCGACGAGUUGCGUCGGUUUAAGAUGCUACCGUUUCCCGAUGGUGGCAGGCACUGUGACGGCAAUCCUCCACUUCAGCUGGCAGCAUUUCAAGGAAAUAUGAAAGUUGUGACAGGCUUAAUUCAAGCUGGAGCGCGUAUUGAUUUCUCAUACUGCGAAUUGGGAAGUCCCCUCCAAGCAGCUGCUCUUGCAAACCGCGAGGAAGUCAUUAUGCACCUGCUCGACCUAGGUGCUAAUAUUAACGCCUUCGGUGGCCUCCUUGGCACUCCAUUGCAGGCUGCUGCUUUCAGUGGAAACACGAGAAUCCUUAAUUUAUUUCUUGGUCAUGGAGCAGACGUCAACAUCAAGGGUGGUUUUUACGGAGGAGCACUCAGUGCAGCACUUGCGCAGAAACACAACCAUGUUGUGAAAGCUUUGAUAUCAAAUGGUUCAGAGCUGAACAGCGUCAGUCCAUGCCGAGAUACGUACUGGAGUUCACCUCAUCGGAGGCUCCAAGAGCCUUACGCCCGCAGAUACUGCGACACUCCUCUCAAAAACGCCAUUAUAACGGGGGAUACUUCGAUCGUUCAGACACUCCUUGACGCUGGUGCACCGAUCAGCGCUGGAACCAAAAGUUGUAGACAAUCAACUCACCCGAUCUGCCUCGCUGUUAUCCAGGAAGAUCUCCCCAUGGUAAAACUGCUGCUGGAAAACGGGGGAGAUCCGACAGUGUAUAGUCACUGCGCACUCGUGGAGGCCGUUUCUGUCUCCAACUUUUCGAUCUUCGAGCUUCUGUUUAGCAAGCUUAAUAGGCAAUCUGAGGAGUUGGCUAAAUUGGCUGGUGGUAUUGUAUCAAAGGUGUCCGAUGAAGUACGAGCCAGAGCUCUCAUCCCCUUCCUGGAUGACUUAUUUAAGACCAUUAACCACGAAUCACUCAAGGGUUUAGUGAGCGCCACAGUCGAAAAUGAGUGUCUCCUUUUGGCGGAGUACUUGUUGAAGAAAGGCUUCACGCCAAAUGCGGCGGGGUGGAAAGAGGAUGCUUACGACCUAUGUUUCAAAGGAAUCCCUCUCCCAAUGGCAGUUCGCAAACGUCGACCGGACAUCUGUUCUCUACUGCUCGACUACGGGGCGGAUCCAAAUGUCCACGACAGGAAAUCCGGUACUCCUCUUUACGCCUCUGUCAGGGUUGGCAAUCUGGAGUUGGUUUCCAGGUUUCUAGAUCUUGGGUCGUUGCUGAAUGAAGAUGUUUUUGUUAAUAACGGCUGCUCAAAAGUUGUACAUGUGGCUUCCACACACCAACAGCCCGCCAUACUAGAAGAGCUUCUCAAAUACGGCGCAAAUUUGAACGCCCGUUGCCCAUCAUGCCCAUCUGCACUGAUGGCUGCCGUAAAGUUACAACGCUUGGAAACAAUGGAGCUCUUGAUCAAAGCAGGCGCAAACAUUUCGGAGCCUGAUUAUUUUGGCCGAACGCCCUUAUCUCGUGCGAAAGACGGUCAUUUUGAGCUUGCUGCAAACAUGCUUUCCGACCUUCACGCCGAGGAACAUAUACCUUUGGCUAUUCUUCGUUCUUGUCUCCACAAUUCGGUUAACUCACUCGUUUCGCAACUCUUGUUACCUCCGGACCCUCGAUGGAAGUCUUGCUCCGGAGGAUACAUGCCAUUGCUUCUUUGGAUUGCUUUGGGAAGGUGUCUGGUUUUAGGGAGGGAUAUCCCAAACGGGCUCACCGCAUUGGAACGUAUUCUUUCCCCUAACCAUCGCGACCACUGGCAUUGGGUUUGCUGGCCAGGUUGCUGUUACUGUGGGAAAUAUGAAGGGCCUAGAUUUCAUCUUUGCAAAGACUGUGAUGGAAGCAUAUUAUGUGAGAAUUGUGCUGAGAGACAUAGGAUCCUGUUUAGGGACUCCAAGUACGAACAUACUCUGAUAGAUUUCCCUCGGAAUGGGUUGCGGAACGUUCCUAAACGCCAAGUUGCUCUUGAAGGUGGCUCCUAUGUAACUGUGGAAACUUGGCUGAAGCAGCUUCAGGACUGUUGGGUGGCAAAUGUCUAA